AUGGCAUCGGGGGGAGAAACCUGCACUUCGCUUGAGGGCGAGAGGAGCGUCCCAUUGGACAUUGAUGAUGUACACAUGCUGUUGCAAGUGGAACAGGAACAGAUUCAGAAGAGAACGUUCACAAACUGGAUCAAUGCACAGCUCUCCAAGAGGAGCCCUCCGACCUCAGUCCAGGAUCUGUUCUCGGAUCUUCGAGAUGGCACUCGACUGUUGGACCUACUCGAGGUGAUGAGUGGCCAGUACAUGAAACGUGAGAGGGGUCAUGGUGUUUUUCAGCAGAGAGGAAACAUUGAGACUGCUUUGAACUUCUUAAAGAAUAAAUCAAUCAAGCUGUUGAACAUAAACAUCUCGGACAUCAUAGAGGGAAAAUCAUCCAUUAUUCUAGGCCUGAUAUGGACUGUUAUCCUGCAGUGCCAUGUGAAGGAACUAGCCAGCACGCUCUCCUAUGGCUCCCGAUCGUCCUCUCUGGACUCUCUGUCCAGUCUGGAUUCUGCUUCUGGGUCUGCAGUGAGCAGUCCUGUUCCUCGAAGAGCAUCACCGCUCCAUGCACGCUUCCGUCUCUCUGCUAGGAAGGCUCUGCUCCUGUGGGUUCGGGACCAGUGCCAGAAAGUUGGUUGCACAGCCAGUGUGAGGGAUUUUAAGUCCAGCUGGAGGAGUGGGGAGGUGUUCCUGGCCAUCCUAUGUUCUCUUAGACCAGAUCUGGUGGACCUCUCUCAAAAUCAGACCAGCAGCCACCUGGAAAAGCUGGAGCAGGCAUUUCACCUCGCUGAGAUGGAGCUGGGAAUUCCCAGACUAUUUGAGCCAGAGGACAUUGAUGUCAAUAAUCCCGAUGAGAAGUCCAUAAUGACAUACAUUGCUCAGUUCUUGCAGUACUCCAAUGAGCAGCCCUCAGCUGAUAAUGUAUUUGAGGCUUCACCCAAUCAGAAAGCCAGAGAGAUGACAUGCUGGCUACAGCGAGCCUAUCAUGAGUUACUGGAGGCGUGGACAUCUACAGAGGGGAAGGGAUAUGCAGAACGAUAUCAGGCAUUCCAGAACUUUGUGGGGACUUACUAUGACCAGCGACGUCCAGUUAUUCCAUUGCCCAGUGCAAUAAGAUGCUCUGCUAAACCCAGCAAGGAGGAGCAAGCACUUAGAAAGGCUUGGGACAUCAUGGAGGAAAGGUUACAAGAGUACAGAACAGUGCUAGAUGUUGGCUUGCCGGUCCCUCUGAACACACUGGGCCAGUGGCUUCAGCAUAUGGAGGCAGUCCUGUCUGAAGAGAACAGGAACACAGAAGACAGUGGUAUUGCUGCCAGAGAUGCCAGAAACAAGCAAGAGCAAAUCAAGGUUUUGGUUGAGGAUUUAAGCCAACACUUGAACACCCUUCAUCAUUACCGUAACACAGACGAUGAUGGUUGUCCUCAAGUACCAAUUGAGAAGCUGGAGGAGAUCAAGAGACGUUUCACCAGUGCCAGAGUGACAGUAAAGUACCAUGGCAUCAAGCUCCAAUACAGGGAGCAGAUAAACCAUGUUUAUGACCUGCUGGGGCAUCUAAAGUCUAAGUUGGGCUUGUGGAGAGGGCUUUAUGGCUCCCAGGAGUCUGUUCACUCUCUGCUACAGGACUGGCAUGAAACUGUUGACAGGCAAGGCCUGGUAUCGAUGUUGAAGGAAGCACUUCAUAAUCUGAAGGACACAUCAGUCAGUUACACAAACAAAGCAGCCCUGGCCGAAGACACUCUUAUGGUGAACAGGCAGGUAAAGGAAGUUGAGAAUGAGACAGGAGUGUCCACAGAAGCCACAGAUGCCGUAAGGGGCACAAUAGAGAGUGUGCUGGCCGCAUGGGAGUCCUACAAAGACUGCUUGUAUCUAUUACAGGUCUGGUUGGGGCAGGAAGGCCAAUUACAAAUUCAAGGGAAAGAGCAGAAGCGUUUGUCUGAGUGGAGUUCACGUCAUGCCCAGCUGAAUGAGGUGGGAAACUUUCUCAUCGAGAUGACUGAUGCCUCAACCAGCCACUCUCUUAGAGAUGAGCUCUGUGGACUCAACAUGCAGUGGGCUGACUUCAUCAAAAAGACCAAGUUUACAGUGGCGCCUCAGCCCACUAGUGCAGUCCCAUGUGUACAAACUGCUCAGAGCCUGAUGCAGGAAGCAGGAUGGGUGCUUAGAGAGGCAGUGGGGGUGUUGUCUGGACCUCUACGUGUGUGUAGGAAGAAGCUCCAGAACAUCAUUAAGAAGAUAUCAGAGUUGGAUUUGGACACUUUAUCUCCAUCACCAGACUGCAAGGAAGAAACUCUCCAGAAACUCAGACAUACUUUACCAGAGAUGUUCGAGACUCUGAGCAGUGUGGACAAGUCAUGUGAGGGCCUCCAGAGAGCGGCAUCCUUGCUAGAGGGAAGAGUGGCCGAGCUUGAAAACUGGAUCACGGAAGCCCAAGAGGUCUGCCAGCAUCUUAAAGAAUGUCAGCAUAGGGGCCACCGGGGACCACAUCCCAGGGCCAAAGCGCUGAUCUCGCGAGGUCUAGAUUUAGAAGGACAGGUGGUGACAGAAAGUGAGGACCUGCAGACUUUGGUGGCAUCAGUGCAAAAGACCCCCUCUCUGCCAAACUACAGCACAUUAGUCCUACAAGACAGAAUGAAACGGACUGUCUUUCAGUGUCAGGAGGCUAUUGAGAUGCUCAGUUGUCAGGGAGUAAAGAGAGAAGGACAGCCUGAUGGUGCACAGACCUCUCCUAAGGUUAUUGUGCGAGCAUAUUCUCAACAUGAGACCCAUACUCAAACCUUUCAACAACACCAAGCUCAGUUGUUCCCUAGAAGCACCAAACUUCCUCUAGAAAGCCCAAUAGAGCCUCAGAACCAAGAAGACCAUUCUUCUCACCUGCAGGCACAACUGGGAGCCAACAGUUGCAUGGAAGGCCAAGUGUUACCUCUCACACACCCUGAGUUUCAUGAUAAAAUGCCCAAAUAUCACAAGAUAAGUGUAUGCCAUGUACAGCAAAUUGAGCUCAAACAGCCAUUGCUGUCAGCUGUUGUUGGUAGGAUGACCCAAAUGAAACCACAGACUGAAGUUCAGGUUAUCUCUGUAGACUCCAGCCAAACCAGUAGCUUUGGACCAUCAGACCCUCUACACUCUCCAUCCUUACCUUCAUUUAGCCUAAGCACUUUGCAAACAUCUUUUACAGUGACUGAACCUGGAAUGCCAGUUGAACAACACCUUGGUACACCACCAAAAUCACAACCUCAAACGUCAUUGGCCACCCUACAUAAAAGGCAAAGGGUUCUCCCCAAGAGUCAAAUCUUUCCACAGCUACACGAGCCAUUACAAACCCAAGAACCCAGAAAACAUCAAAAGAUGGAAAAGCACCUACAAACACAAAGAGACUCACCUCUUCAGAAACCAAUCCUUGGAUUAUCUGACAGUCUGCCAAAAGACCCAUCUCCAAAACCCUCAUCAAUCUGCACAAAACAAAAAAAGAAAGGCCAAAGCAAGGCUCCAACUGUUCCUCAUGUCCCAGCACGGAAUGAGGUGUAUGCCAGAGCUCAAGCUUUGGCCAAAAGCAGACUGGAAAAAGCCAAACAGCACCUGCAGGACCACAUACAGGAUGUGAUCACUGUGUUCAGUAACAAGCAACCCAGGAAAAAACAGGCAGCAUCACAGCUUCUCAGGCCUGCUGUGUUGGAGGACUUCCUAGAAGCUGUGAAGGGAGUGGGGGCCUUCUGCUCUGAUGCCCAGCUUGGAGAUAUGGACCUCUUCUGUCAGUUUGCCAGGGUCCAGUGGGAGGAAAGUGCAACAGCAGUUGAACAUUCAGGGUGUCUGGAAGCCUUGAAAACAAUUAAUGAGAGUCUGCAGCACAAAGAGAGUUUUCUUCUUGCCACCACCCACCUGAUGAUGGACACAGAGAGGGUGGAGACCGUUCAGCACCACACAGACUCGACAGGUGACUUAACACCAUGCCAGGACAAGGGUGGAGCAGUCAAGGGUUGCAUCCUGCUGACAGAGACUGGACAACUAGAUGACCAACCAUUAAGCCCUAACCACUCACAGGCCAUUGUCCAGACCAACACUGUGGAGAUGAAACGGAUACCCGAGAAGACCAUCAUCAACCCCUGCUCCGCACAGGAAGUAAAAGUUACUCCACAGGAACCUCAGAGCAGAGUGAAGUCCCUUGAAACUGCAGUAGUGCUGCUGGAGUCAGCUGACAGUCAGAUUAGACUGAUCUCAGAUCAGCUGAAACAAAUCAAUAAGAAUCCUGUGAAUAUUAGAAACUUUACUCUUGCUGAUGCCAAAACUCUACAUGAAGACCUAAAGCAUCUACAUGAAAGUAUCGAGAAAGAGCUGUUUCUCCUCAAUCAGAGUGAAAGUUUAAUUAGUGACCCUGCUGAUCUGAGUCACAUUGAGCUCCAAGCUUUCCCUCUGCAGCAAACUCUCCACAGCCACACAAAAUGCUUGGAGGAGCUUAGGCAACGUCUGAGAAAGACUGAGUCAUCCCUUGUGGCCCUUGGGAAGUUCCUAUCCCAUCUCCAGCAGGCAAAUGAAGACCUCUCUGCAGCUCAGAGCACCUCAGCCUCUGCACAAGACUGCAGCUCCAGAUUGCCUUCCUUUCGGCAAAGUUUUCAACAGGCCAGAGAGGAAUCAGUUCGGCUGGAUCGAGCAAUGGAUGAUGCCGGCAUGAGGAUAGCUCUUGAUGACAAACUAGGCAGCUGUCAUGAGAUGGUGUCAGCUAUGGCUUUGCUUGCUAAAGAGGUAGAGGCCAGACUGGCUCCAGGGCCGAGGCGAGCUGAAAGAGGUGGGAAAGGAAGAGAUCAGGGAGAACAGAAGGAGAGAGCAUUUGGUAGAAAGAAGAUGACCUUGCAGGUCACACUAAAAGAGGUGCUGGUGGCACUGGAAAGACACGGGCUGAAGGAGCCCACACUUCCGGCACUACAACACAGGUUUCGUUUCCUAACAGACAUGGAGAGUAAACUGGUUGCACUACGCUCCGAAAUUAGGGAUCUACGAGAUACACAUGCACAGACAAAUGCCUCAGACACGGGCCUCAGCGAGCUGCAGACACAGUGGGAAGAUGCCCAUAGAGCAAUUACGGAGAGUCGUGAGCAGUGUGCCUCUUUGACCGAAUUACUGAAGAAGUUCCAAAGCUGUCGAAAUCGCUUGGGCAGUACUUUGCACAGAGCUGAGCAGACCACCACUGAUCAGGCCUCCUACAUGAGCAUAGAUAACCUACAUCUACUGAUCAAUAAGGUGACCAGUAUAAAGUCAGAGCUUAAUGGUCUUGGGGAUGGGGUGGAGGAAUUCAGAGCUGUGUGCAGACAGCUCCAGUCUCUCAUGAGAAGGAUCCCAGACUGUGCAGAUGUACCGUUUGAGAGUGAGUCUGAUGGUCUCAUGGAUCGCUGGCUUGAUGUCACUGAGAAGACCGACUGUCAUAUAGAUAACCUUCAAGCUGGUUUUUCUCUUUGGAAAAAUCUCCUCCUAUUGGCUGGAGAGGUGGAGGGAUGGACCGCCCAAAAGCUGAUGACGCUUGCUCAGACACAACCCUUUCGGACUGAGCAGGACGUGUCUGCCAUGCAGGAUGAGCUAGGGGUUCAAGAAGAGAACAUUGAACAUUUCCAUCGCAGAUCUUCAGAGAUCCAGGAGCUGCUGCAGAGUCGAGAGUUCCCACUGGAGCUGCAGGUUAUUGAAAGCCAGCUAAGGAAGAGAAUGGCAGAGCUGAAGGAUCUCUUUUCAGAGACCAGCGAUGUCUUCACACAGCUGGUAGCUGCCAAAGCGCAGGUGGCGUCUGAGAUAGCAGAGCAUCAAUUCUCCAUCCACACCAUCACAGAUGCUCUGAGCACACUGACUGCAUCUGAAAGCCCACAGGUCCUUAACAGAAUCCAGUUCCUAUCAGAGCAGCUGCAAGCGGAGGCAGAACAGAGUGAGGCUUUGCUGCAGCAGAUAGGUUUUCUAGCCAGCAUUGCUGGUACAGAAAACCUACAUGCGCUGGCUGAAGAUGGAGCUCGACUUCAAGAAAGCAUCUGCACAGCCAGAGAGCUGAGCAUAGAAAAAAGAGAGCAGGCAAUGAACCCCAGCAACCCUGAAAAUCCCCAGAUGGUCCAAGACCCAAAACACAUCAAGCCCUGGAUUAAUAAAACACAAGAUCAUCAACCAAAAGACACUCAUCUUGCGGCUACUAUGUGUCCUCAAACACAAUCUUUGUCUAAUGGCAAAAAAGAGGAACAGUCCCUCAGAGACAAGACACAAAAUGCUCUUUUAGCUGAUUUUAGGGACUUCAAGCAGCAGGCCUACACCUGGGCAAGAGAACUACAACAUAUGGGUAAUCUACAGGUUUCUGUAGAAAAGGGCAGCCUGGCUACACUCGAGGAGAGACACGGAGCAGUACAGGCUGUAAUAAAUCUAAAGCCUGAAGCAGACAGCAGGCUACAGAACCUAAAGGUGAAAGGUCAGAGACUCCUCCAAGCACAAGCUCUAGAGGACAGAGACAGACAGGAAGUCACUUACACCCUUGGGAUUUUAGAGAAACAGUGGGAAACUCUUUUGAAAUCUGCAGACAGACAGCACAGAUCCCUGCAGAAUGAUAAGGAGCUCUACUCCUGUCAGUGCCAGAUGCAGCAGGCCGCGAGCAAGUUGCAGGAUUUGCAGGUGCUGGCGGCAGAACUGCCAAUGCUGUUCCCGUGGCCUGGCCUGGCUAAGAGGCGUAUGGCCCUCGAGCAGACCCGAGACCUUCUGUUGAAAGCACAUGAACUGGGCCCUGCCCUCUCUGCACAGAGAGCCCAAUACAAGGAUCUGGCCACAUACAACCCCAGCUGGACUGAUCCAUCCUGGAGCACCUUAGAACACAAUGCUUCCUGUCUUGUCAAAUAUCUUAAUGAUGUGUGUGUAAGUCUUAGUGAGGAUGCAAACAAGGAGCAGAGGUGUGCACUGUUAAUGCAACAUAGUCAUGAGAGUCUGGACUUUCUGCAGAAGCAGAUAGAGGGUGAUUGUCAAGCCCCAGGUGCUCUAAAGGCCUUGCUUCAAGCUGUAGAACAAGAGGGCAGAGACCUGCUGGAGGUUGAGAAACUAACUGAUGCCCUACUGAAAUCCUGCACUCCAGAAGGUCAGACCUCUCUUUCCCAGGACAUUCAGACUCUGUUUGGAAAUACAUCAGUCCUGAAGAAGACCCUGGAAGAUGAGGCGACUUGGGGAGGGAACUCUGAGCCACUUAAAAGCAUUGUACAGUGGAAUGAGGUGGCCACUGACAGAACAGUGAAUGACAUGGAUCAUAAGAUCAUAGCUAGUAAGAAAAAAAUAGGAACACCAGAUGUAUCAUGUUCAACUGGCUCAACAGAUGUUGAGAAUCUCCCACCAGCCCAAGAGACAGAUAAGCAGCAGUCUAUGUAUGGAUCUGUAGAGAGGGAUGAAACUGGACCUGCAAUAAGAGAAGACCACAGACCAAAGCCUGUCUUAACCAUAGUACUGGACUCUGAAAUAACUAAACUCAGCCAGAACCCAGUGGCACAAGGCAUUUCAGUUUCAGUUGUUCAUGGUGAGACCACAGUGAGAUCAGAGAGAUCAGGAUUGGAACAUUUGGAAGCCAAGCACUGUGUUGUUGCAGCUGUAGAUGAAAAAAGUUAUUAUGAUGAACCACCUCCAAAGAAGAUCACCACUAUUAUUUUGGAUUCUCAUCUUUCCACAUCAGAUGCACAGUUGGAUAAGAACAACCACACUGACAAUGUUGAUCCUACUCAGAGAGACUUUGCUCUUGAGCUUGAUUUUAGGCCUAAAUCGGAGAAGGACUCAUUAACUCCAUUGGACUCGGCUUGCUUUGAUCCUAUGGUUUCACACCCAGGGAAUGAUGAUGGAAAAGUCAAGUAUCGACAGAGAAGCUCUUCUGGCACUGGAAAAACUGAAGGCCGAGACUCUGAAAGAGGCCUUUUAGAAGGAGAUAUUGUGAAAACAAGAAUAUCUGGAUCAGAUGAGAAUAAUAUUGAAUCUCAGGAAAACUUAUGUGAAAUUCCACAUGUGGGAUUGGUACAGCCAGGACAGAAGGAAGCUACACUUUUGCAGCCACUGAAAACCUCUGAGGUCAUGGAGAUUGACAUUGUAAAAGGUGAAAAAGUGGAACCGCAUCGGCUUGUAGAAGAACAACAUACAGUUAUAACUGCAGACUUAUCGAGCCAAAUGGAUGUCGACACUGGAAAAGAUGUUGAUUUGUUUUCUUUGGUUCUCCAAUGUGAUGUUACAAUGGUGAAGAGUCACCAGUAUGGGGUCACCAGUGACAAAAACACAAAUGCAACAGACAAAGAGCUCUCAAACGUGGAAGACAACACACAAAUGCUUCCAAAUGUUAUUAAAAAUAAGAAAAAGAUCAAGAAGCCAAUUGGCAUAGAAGCAACAAACAAUGUUAGUUGUAGAAAGUUAAAGACUCCAAGUUCCAAACAUACAAACACAACUGAAUCAGAGUGCCCUCAAACAUCUGAGACAAGCCUGGUGGACAUCACAGAUAUAUCACGCACUGUGUCUUCAGACACUGCAUUGUCACUGGAUACAGAAUACAGUCUACCAGGAGCUAUGGACACCAUGAACAAAGAUACCACAAGUCUCCUUCAAUUAGAGAUUAAGGAUGAGCAUUCAGAGAUAGUUGGCAUCUCUCACAUGGGAGCUGCCCAUACCAAUGCCACAGAUCCUCCAGAUGGAGUCUUAAAAGCAAUAGAGUCUAUGCAAUCCAUACAUCCAGAGACCUCAAAAUCAAUGCCAACAGAUGCUUCAACAUUUGUGAGAGCUGUGUGUGAACUGAAUACAGAAUGCACACCACUGGGAGCUACGGGCACAAUGCAGAAUCCUAAUUUGUAUCUCCUACAAACGGAGACUGAAAAUAGACAUUCUGAGGCAAUCACCAUCUCUCAGUCUCUCACUGACAGUACUGCAGACGAUGUGGUCUUAACAGCAGAGGAAUCUGUGAAGUCAAAACAUACAGAGAUCUCUGAAUCAGUGUCAACAGAUGCUUCACCUUUAGUGAGCGCUGAGUGUACAACACAAAAUCCUUUCACUGUCCCAUCAGAGACACAAUUCAGAAGCUACACUGAAGCACAGAGGACAGACAGUUUGAAGAGCAGUUUUCUUUUACAGUCUGAAGAAAUGCACAGAGCCAAUUCAGAUCGAUCCGACAGAUACAAAUCAUCCCAAAACAGACAAUCAAGAGCAGACGGUGAGGAUAAAACGAAGCAUGCGGAGCUGUCUACUGAGACACAUGUGUGGGCCACUUUAGUGGACACUGUCACUAUAGUUCAGCCACUCAGGGAAACCAGUCAUGUUUCUGAGGAAAGUAGGUCAAGGGAGGAUUCCUGGUGUCUCAUCUCAUUACUUACAGAGUCAGAGGCCAGUCUGGCAUGGACUGUCCUGCGUGUAUUCAGAUGCAGGUUCCGGCCAGCCCAACUGAGCAUUACACACAUGACUCAUCAGCUGGAAGAAGCAGAGAUAUGCAGGCAGUGUGUAUUGGAGCAUAUAGCCAGGCUGCCUCAGCAUGGAGCUGGCGGGGGGCGCUCUACAGAGCCCGAGCAGAGGAUGGAGGGGAGAUUGAACGCACUACUGCUGGAUACCUCUACCAUGGCACAGUUUAAAAAAGCACAACUCCAGCAGGUUACACAAUACCACCAGCAAAAACAGGCCCUCACAGAUACACUCCACACCCUGGAGGCAGAGCUCACUACACUGAGACUAGAUUGUAUUGAAAGCAGCACCCUGCAAGCAGAAAAACUGAGUGCGUUCUUGAAAACCAUGCAGAAGAAAAGAGGCAUGCUUGAGGAGCUCCUACAGACAUGCUGCCAGAUAUCAGCCCAUCUGAGUGCAGCAGAGGGACCUGUGGCCUGCCUCGAACCUAUAAGAUCCUUGCAGGAGAAAUGGCUGACUCUUGAAGGUGCUGCUUCAAGGAGUCUGUGGCACGCUUGCAUUUGCACAGCAGAAGUUUCCGCACUGCUACAAGAGGCCAGUGAGUUGCAGAGUGAACUGGAGCUUCUGGAGAAGUCUCAAUGCGAGAUCAACUGUCAAAAUAUGUUACAGCAAGCUGUUGAAACUGCAGACCUGAUAGUGUUAAGGGAGCGUUACCUGUACCUUCUUGAGCUCUGUCAGGCUCUUUCCUCAAGUCCACUUGGGAAGAAGGAGCUCACGGAUGUGGAGGACACCAUCAAGGAUCUUAAUUCUCAACUUGCUCUGGUUCAGGAGAAGCUCAAUUCUUACACUUCAAAUGACAAUGAUAGUUCACCGAUCAUAAAGAUUGUAAGAAACUACUUCACAUGGGCUAAACAAACAGAGAGCAAAGUUAGUAGGAGGAGGAGGUUGUCUCUGUUUCCCGAAGAGGCAAGUCACCAGGUAAACCUCAUGAAGAAACUGCAAUUGGAAAUAUCUCGAAAGAAGUCUCAGUUGGCCUCUGUUUUGAAAGAGCUAAGGCAGGAAGCUACAGCACUCAGCGAGGGAGAUUCCAUAGCCAUGUCACCCACUCUCAAUUCCUUAGAAAAUUUGUACAUUUUGAUUACAGUGAACACUGACUGUGCUGUUGAAGAAAUGAACCGAAUGUUGCAUAUGAGAGAACAUUUUUGGAAACAGAUCACUGACAGCAGCUCUUGGUUGACCUCAGUUUUGGAGAAAGAGUCUAAUAAAUCUAUGGCUUCUGAACUUGCAACUACCAUCCCAGAAUUGAGGGUCCAGAUUCAGAUAUGCACAGAGGCUUUAAAGGAAGCUGAGAGGCAAGCGAAUAACCUACAGAUUUUGAUAGAUGAAACUAAGAGCAUGAAUUACGGUCUGAGUGUACCUCAAAACUUUCAGCUUGUUGACAGGCUUACAGCUUUACAAGAAGAAGUGUCUAGAGUUGUGAACCAUAAUUGGGCCUCUCACUGGGUGCUGGAAGAGCUUCUUCAUGCUCAGCAGUCUUCUGCUGAGGAACUGAAUGUUAUUCAGAAGAGCUUACGACAGAUGAGUGCUGACAUCAUAAGACAAAAGUAUCCUGUAACAAGGGAAUGUCUAUUUGCUAUUGAACCUCAUAAGCAAAUGCUGUUGGAGCACCUGUGUAAAGUGAAGGAAAUGCCACAAUUUCCAGAACCUCAGAGGAACGAGAUUCUUCAUGCUAUACUAGACUUACAGAGAAGAAUACAUCUACUUGACCAGCAAGCCAAAAAGCAGGAAGUGUACCUCGAUAUAAGGCAGCGUAUGAAGAACUUCAGAGAGGCAGUGAAGAAGAGCUUGCCGCAGAUCGUAGACUCAAGUGUAGGUGCUGACGCAAGGCUAAGCUUCUGUCAGGCUCUCCUGGUGGAGCUUCCAUUGAUGAAAAUGGCAUGUCAAGAGGCCACUGACCACCUGGAGGCCAUUUCAGAAGAUCUCUAUCCAUCCCAGCUGACAGCGGAACGGCAAAAGAUCCACUGGACCUUUGAGCAGUUAGCCUCUUGGGAGCUCACAGUCAGUAAUGAGGCUAAAGUCCUGGAGUCCACACUGGUCGAGGAUCUCAGCAGUCCCACAGAUCUCAGUGCGCUUGGAAGCCUCUUCAACAGUAUCAGACAAGAGCUGAAAGAGACCAUCUACUUGGAGCCGGAGAAUCAGGCCAUGGAUGCAGAGCUGCGGAAGCACUGGACACUGAUCAGGACUGUGGAUUCUGUGCUACGAAUGUUAGCAAGCUGUAGGAAAGGAGCUGAGGCUGAAGCCUACAAGAAAACCAUUGAUCUUGGCCAGAGAACACUUAAUGAUUGCCAUUUGAACAUGGACAAGCUGAUCCAAGCUCAGGAGGUGCUGAAGCAUUACCACUGGACCAUUCGGGGUGCAAGGAGUUUCUUCCAGCAGAUUGAUUCCAAUCUGAUGAUGCCCUCUGUCUGCUUCAAAGACUGCAAAGAGGAACAGCAUCAUAUUCAACAGACUUCCACCAGUCUGGUUGAGGGUUUCCAGGCCCACUUGGCUGAAGUUGGGACUCGCAUACCCCAGCAUACAUGCCUUUCUGUUCCUCAAACUGAGCAGCUUCAUAUCCAGGUUUUGAGUCACCUUUUAGUACAAGAUGCCAAAUUAGAAGCUCAGGCUCAGCUCAGACUGGAGGCCUUACAUAGGUGCAUGCAAAACCAAAUUGUGCACAGGAGCCACCAUGAAGAAAUGAGUCUACUACUCAAAAACAUUGAUUCUCAAAUCUCAAAAUGCUUCAGUCAAAAACUGACUCAUUUAGAAGCCUGCCAAGACCAGCAGCUGAAAGUACAGGUGCUCCAGGCCGAGCUGAAGAACCUUGCUAAAAGGCUGGAGGAGUUGAGAGAAAGCUGCUCUGAUCAGUGUUGCGAUGCACCUGCUGACCUGAUGCUGGGACAUCUGUGGAGGUCUUUGGUAGUGCUGCAGUGCAAAGUGGAAUCACACAAAGCCAGCGCAUCUCAUAAAGAAGUCGAGUGGAGGGACAUUAUCACACGUCUUAAUAAAUCAAAGGAAGCUCUUGACAGACUACAGAAUGAUCUUCCUUCAUCUAUGAUGACGGGUUCACUGGAGGAGCUUCAGGGUGUCCUGAACCACACGGAGCACCUUCAGGAUGGGACUGAGCAGGAACAUCACACCCUGGCCUCUCUACAACACCAUGUAGCACGAUUGCUUGGGGUCUCAAAUCUGCAGCAACUGAAAGAGUCUCCUCAAAUCUGUCAGGACUUGCAGUCUCUUCAGGGACAUUGCAGAAGUCUCAGAGAUGAGAGCAACAACAUCCGCCGGGAGGCCCUUUUUGAGAUCCAGGAGUUGGGUCGUGUGCAGGAGGAGAUGGGUGACAUACAGCAGAGUGUUCUUUCUCUUUUGACGUCUGAGUCAGCUUCUGAAAACUUACAAGAGGUUAAAUUGGAGUUGAUCUCACAGAAGGCUCGACUGCAGGAUGUCAUGAACAGAGUACAGAAGAGAUGGAGCUGUGUGCCCUCAGAAAUUCAGACCUUACAGGAUGAGCUCACACUCUCCCUGCUGGAGGCUAAAGAAAAUUUUGAUAGAGUUGUGGAGAGGAGUGGUCCUCUUCAUAAAAUGACUGAGCAGUUGGGAGAGGUGACUGUGGGGCUGAAUUGUGUGCAGGCCCUGCUGCUGCAAAUGAGCCCUAAUUUCUUUGAUGCUGAACGAGCACAGAAGCAUAUCUGGGAUGAGCUGGAUCAGUGGCACACUCGUAUAGCUGAGCUGGAGGCUGACAUGCAGGAGCUAGCUGAGGAACAGCCGGAGAGAGCACACAUCCUAAUUGACCUGCUCACAGAACCACUACAGCUCUACCAGACCACAGCCAAGCAGGCCGAGCACAGGACCGCCCUCAUCAGCAAAAUCCCCGCCUGUCUGCAGGAGUAUGAUGGCUUACUCAGUAGCUCCACCUGCUGGAUGAGAGAGGCCCAGUUCUGGCUGGUUGCCCCUAGAACCUACACCACUGCGAAAUGCCUCCAUGGCCACGCCAACUCCCUCAAGAUGAUGCUGGAUGAAUUGGAGGGAUACAGAGCAGCCCUGGAGGCCUUCAUGCCUGUCCUUAAAGAGCUCACUCCAGUGUGUGACACCACUUCUCAAGAGCAGCUUCUCUACCUGGCUAUCCAAAAAAAUAUCACACAAAUGCAGCAAAGUGUUCUGGACCCUCUGUCACACCUUCAGCACCUAGCAGAUGAGAUGGAUGCCAUUGAAGCAGAGGUGAAGAUGAUGGAGAAGAAUUUGACGAAGAUCAGAACAAUCCUUUCCACGACUGACACACAGAACAUCUCUCCUGAGGAACAUCUCCAGAACAGACAGGUCAUCCUGGACAAUAUCCAGUCCAUGAAGAUGACCAUUGAUGAGAUUGAGAGCUGUAGGCCAGGCUUGGGACUUCCUGCAGGAGCAGAGCAAACUCUCACAGCCUUCCAUCGGGCUCAAGAGCUCCUGCGACCCAUCCAGGAGCUACAGCAGCUCAGUGUGGAGCAGAGCACAGUGCUGAGGGCAUCUAUAGGUCUGCCAGCUGAGAUUACCUUGCCUUCUGGCCAGACCAUGGGAGUCACCUUGCCAGAUCUUUACACUGGAGAUGUUAAUCAGGUGUCCAUGGAUGGACCUUACAGUGAGGAAGAGGAUGAAGGCAGUCAGUCUUCAUCCUCAGGAACUCUCACAUGCAGUGUUCCAGAGGACCCAGAUGAGACAAUAAUAGAGGAUGUCGAAACUGACACUGCUUCUGCUGUAAUAGAGCAUGUCACUGAGGAAUUGUCCCCCAAAGAUGUUCAGAAGAUGGAUGUAGCUGCAAUCAAGUAUGCACCAGUAUUAAAUGAAGCUGAUCCAGGAAGUUGUUUUGCGGAGCCUCAACUCCCUGAAAUAUCUAACACAGGGAGUAAAUCAGUUACUGAAGAGACUACCUGUCUACCUGCAGCAACACACCAACACUCUGAAGAGUUUAUAAAUGAAAAAUGCCUCAUAUCUGCAACAGCAAAUGAAGAUGUUGUUUUAAAAGCGGAGCAAAAGACCAAGUGCCCUGUAACAAAGUUGACUGAAGCAGUACCCAUGAAGCCUGGAAUAGACACAAAAAACUCUAAAACUAGUGAUGCCAGUGAAACAACCAAGGAGUCUAAUUUUGUAGAUGAGAACACAGUAUCUUUAACCAUAGAAAGAGAUACAGUUGAUCAAGUAAACUCCCCAAUCUAUAAAGAAGACUCAACCCCACAAACACUUGACAGAGAGGCAGUAGAAGUUACUGAUGAUGACCAAUCCCAACCUGCAGGCAGUAUAGCUGAUCCAGGGAAAAUAUCCAUAGACAUAACAACCAAAUCUGUGCCAGAGCCGGAUACAACAGUGGAGAUGCAGUGUAAGAUGAAGGAACAGAGAGAACUGAUCGAGUUCAUGGCUUGUCAUAGCAGCAGCAUAGAUCUGGAACAUUUCCAGUCUCAGGAAAAUACAUGGUCCAGCAGUGCAAAUGUCAGUGAUCCAGGGCAGUCCGAAGAGGAGAGUGUGACCCAGAUUCUCACCAAAUUAAAGAAAUCACCAGAGGCACUGGAAUCAUGUCAGGAUCGAAAUGCGUCAGAGACUAGAGAGCAUCUGUUGGAGAUUUCUCUGUCUGUGUUAAAAGCCAGGGAAACUCAGACGAGUGACUCAACCAAACUCAUCAAGGACUUCGUCUGCAUGAAGAGCCUGCAGGGUGGCACGUGGACCUUGGCACAUGAACGACGGAGAUCUUUGGGGCAAAAUAAUAUUGAGCAACAGGGAUGUUCUGAAGCUCUUCUGAAGGGUUUAAUGGGUCUCCUUGAGCUGGGCUCUGAACGGCUGCAACGCUGUCAGGAUGCACACCCACACAACUGCAGCCAGCUGCACAGCCUGCUCAGAGGACACAAGAGAUUCUUCAGAGGUUUGGGGCAGAACUUUGCAAUGGUUAAGCUGCUGUCCAAAAAGCUGCCAGAGGGGGCUACGCAGGGCCUGGCAGAGGUGGAGCAGUUAAUAUCAGCACUACAGGAUCAAGCACAGAGUCAUGGGGUCCAAAUGCAGCACAAUUUGCAGGAGUGGUCUCGGUAUGAGGAGGUCACAGAAAGACUGUUCAGGCAGUUGGAUGAGCUGGAGGCAGACGUGCCCAGUCUAGAUUCAGAGCUGGAGGGGGACAUGUGGGGUCAGCUGCAGUCCUGUGAGAGGUUGCACAAGGCCCUGGAAGACAUAAGGCCUCAGGUGGGAGAGAUCCAGGACCAGCUCAGGGCCCUAAAAAAUAAGGGUUGCUUCUGUGAGGUGCCAGGCCCGACUGUCCCAAGAUCACGCCUGUUAACACGCUGGCAGGAGCUCAAUAAACAACUAGAGCAUAAGAUGCAAUCCACAAAAAAGAUCAUGAAGAAUUAUGACAGGUUUCAGCAUGACUCAACUGAACUAGAGAAGUGGAUGAGUUCAGCUCAUGAAAAAAUUCAGAAGUGGAAUACUUUAUCUGACAGAUUCGUCCUUACCCAACUCAAGGAUUUCUUUAGGGAACUGGAGAUGAGGUCUGCACAGAAAGUAACAGCAAUCUGUACAGGUACACACACAUUGCAUCUAACUGACAGUGAAGCUCCCGGUCUGCACAGACGACUGGCUCAAAUUGAACAGGGCUGGACCGACCUGACUAACAUGCUGCCAACCCUUCACCAGACACAGCAACUGCUGUUGGCGAGCCAGUCUCAGAGUCAGAUCUUAGCUGAGCUGACCUCCUGGCUGGAAUAUGUUGAAAGUAGACUGGAGGAGGAAAGGUCUAGGGUCCAUUGUGCCCUGGGUUCCACUGAGCUGUCUAGAUAUCUACAGACUUUGAAGGACAUAAAGGCCGAGGUAACCUGCAUCGACUUUCUGAACCAGUCUGUGGAGGGGUCUGUGGAUGAUCCAGCCAAUCGCAAUGAGUGCAACCUCUUUGCUGAGCGACUGGGAGCUCUCAAUCUGAGUUGUCUUGUUCUACAGGGCAAGAUUGACAGCGAGAUACAUGAUGCAGAGGACAAAUGGCAGGUCUGCACAGACAGAGAAAGGCGACUGCAGUAUAUUCACAGCUGGAUCUCUCAAUGUAUGGAAUGGGUGAGACACCGCAAGAGACCAGACAGCUGCUCACAGAUUGAGCAAGCAUUACAGGAGUGUGAGGAGAUAGAAGAACAGCUGAGGGACAAUUCCUCUGAGCUGCUAGGUUUGGGAGCUCUCCGCCUGUUUGGGCAGCGAGAUGGUCAACACCCUGGAGAUCAAGUAUUCUCCACAAAGGUGAAUUCAGCAAUCCAGGACUGCCAAGCUUUAAGCCAACAGAUAAACACUCUCAGGUCAACUCUGCGGCCAAUAAGGGAUGAGUGGGCUCACUUUGAGUCCAAACUGAGUGCAGAAGGACUGCAAACAAGCAGGGUGGUCUACAAGCUGGAGCUCUAUAGAGUUCCUCUGUUCUCGUCUGAGCAGAGCAGAGCUCAUGAGAAACAUCUGCAAGAGCUUGAAAAGGAACUCGAUAGAUCAGAGACUUGGACCCACUUAACUCAAAUGUUUUCUGACUUGAGAGACAAACUCAACCCUUGUGCAGCCAAACUUCUGUCUGAUCACCUGGAGAAAGAGAGAACCCGACAUCUAGCAGUGAUUGAGGACUUGCAUACUGAUUUGCUAAAGGCCCAGGAUGCUCUGCACCUCUGGCUGGAAUAUGAUAGUGUCACUGGAGAGUGCAGUGCUCUUCUAAACCAGCACUGGGAGAGGCUUGAAGAGCUUCGGAGUUCUCCAGCUACAGAAGAGAGCACUGCAGAGCUGCUCUACAGCAGGAUGCAAACCAUUAAUGUUCUAGAGAAAGACAUGGAGAUCUUACAAAGUAGUGUGGGAAAAGUGCUGGAGGCUGCAAAGCUUCUAGUUGGGCAGAUGGAGCUCCAAUCAGCACAACUAAUCCAAUCAGAAACCAGGUUACUCUCACGUGACCUAGUCCAUCUUGGCAAGGCACUUGCUGAGAGUGGGGCAGAAGUUCAGGAGGAGCUGGAGGAACGGCGCAGUUUCAGCCCUGAGUUGGAGUCAUUGGAGCAACAGUUUAAAAGCUUUGAAUGCAUUAUGAGCUCUUCAGUUGUAAGCAUGGAGAGCCUGACGAUGGUUCUGUUAGAUCUGAACGGGCUGACCCCUAACCUCGAUGCUCUAAAUCAGAAGAGUCUCAGACUCACCCUAAGCGCCACAGAUGAAGAGAGGCUGCAGACCCUGAACACGCAGUGGAUGAAGGUUUUCUCUCAGGCCACAGACAGGCACAGGCAAAUUUAUAUAGAGAUACUGCAUACUCAGAACUUCCAACAGAAGUGCCGGCGUUGGAUGGAGCUCUUGGACAAAAUUGAGGAUAGUUUUUCCAAUCAGGCACUUGGAAACUCUUCUGCCAUAAGAGAGCAGCUAACUCUGCAUCAGAGACUGAAAGUGGAGGUGCUGAUCAGCCAGCAACUACAGGAUGCCAUGAUUAAUGAGCCUUUAUGCUUCCUGGAGAAUGGUCAAGCUGAGGACAGGAGUCAUCUGACCCUAAGACUCAGCCAUUUGAAAGAGCGUUGGCAGGAGAUGCAGCAGAGAGUCGAGCAACAUGGGAGAUGUCUGGAGGAGCUAAUGGGACAGUGGCAGCUCUAUGAAUCAAGCAUGAAGAAACUUUCAAAGUUACUCAGACACACUGAAGAACUGAAGCUCCCUUUCGAACUGGCUCCCUGCAGUUUACAGCAGCUCCAAUGCUCCAUAAAGGACAUUGAGUGGACUCGGGAGCAACUACAGAUUCAUGAAGAACUUUACAACCAGACUGUGGAGGCAGGCGGACAGAUCCAUCCCGUAGCAGAUGUUCAGACACAGACACGCCUGCAAACUGAACUUGAUGCACUCAAGGAGAUGUGGGAGCAAAGUUGUGGCCUUGUGACAAAACAAAAGGCACUUGCAAACACCAUAAUUCAAAACUGGAGGCACUGUGAAACUGGACUGGUUAAUAGUGCUCUCAAACUGGAAGAGAUCAAAACAAGAUUGAUGAGUCCACUGCCAGAGAAACUGGAAGAACUAAAGACACACAAACAGCUCUCCAAGGAGGUCGAGGACUCGCUGGAGAUUUGGGCUGAAGGACUGAAAGAGCUGACAACCAUGAAGGCAGACGUGUCUCAGUACGUGCUGCCCGCAGACACCGCGCUGCUUCAGGGACAGGUGGAAGAACUUCACAGCCAAUGGGAAGAACUGUGCCUGAAGGUGUCACUUCGCAAACAGGAGAUAGCUGAUCGCCUGAACGCCUGGAUCAUUUUCAAUAAUAAGAACAAGGAGCUUUGUGAUUGGCUGACACAGAUGGAGAAAAAGGUGGCACACCGAGCCGAAAGCCUUAGUAUUGAGAAAAUGGUGGAGAAACUUAAAAAGGACUGCAUGGAGGAGAUUAACCUCUUCAGCGUGAACAAGAGCCACCUCAAGCAGCUGGGAGAGCAGCUCCUAUUAGCCAGCGACAAAACGAAAGAGGCAGAGAUCAACGGGGCCUUACGUGAUGUCAACGAUCGCUGGCAGCACCUGUUCGACCACAUUGAAUCCAGGGUAAAAAAGCUGACAGAGACCCUUGUGACAGUGCAGCAACUGGAUAAGAACAUGAAUAACCUUCGUUCUUGGCUCAGCCGCAUAGAGGCAGAACUAGCUAAACCCAUUCACUACAGUGUCUGCCAUAGAGAUGAGAUCCAGAAGAGACUGGCAGAACAGCAGGACCUGCAGCGUGAUAUUGAGCAGCACACUGAAAGGGUGGCGUCCGUGCUCACCCUUUGUGAUGUUCUUCUCCGUGAUGAAGAUGCCUGCAGCAACGAUGGAGAGAACCACUCCAUCCAGCAGACCACACACAGCUUGGACCAGCGCUGGAGAAAAAUCUGCUCCGUGUCCCUGGAGAGGAGGCUCCGGAUUGAGGAGACGUGGAGGCUGUGGUGUAAUUUUCAGGAGGAUUACUCUUCAUUUGAGGACUGGCUGAAUGUAGCUGAGCGCACUACUGCUGAACCCAAUUCAUCAGACGUCCUGUACAUUGAGGCCAAAGAGGAGCUCAAGAAAUAUGAGGUGUUCCAAAGGCAGGUACAUGAGAGUCUGACCCAGCUUGAGAUCAUUAAUAAACAGUACAGGCGACUGGCCCGAGAGAAUCGCACAGAUAGCGCCAGUAGACUCAGGGCCAUGGUGCACCAAGGUAACCAGCGCUGGGAUGCGCUCCAGAAGAGAGUGGCUGCCAUACUGCGCAGACUCAGGCAUUUCACGUGUCAGAGAGAAGAGUUUGAGGGGACCCGCGAGAGUCUCCUGGUCUGGCUGACUGAGAUUGAUCUUCAGCUGACCAACGUGGAGCACUUUACUGAGAGCGACCUCCAAGACAAAAUGAAACAGCUGAAGAGUUUUAAGAAGGAGAUCACUCUGAACACAAACAAGAUUGAUGCUUUGAUAGUGUUUGGGGAGGGUCUGAUACAGAGAAGCUCUCCUCUAGAUGCUGUUGUGAUUGAAGAUGAGCUGGAGGAACUGCACACGUACUGUCAGGAAGUGUUCGGCAGAGUGGCCCGAUUCCACCAGCGCCUCACCUGCCUCCGCCCGGUGUUGCAGGAGCAGCCGGAGCUCUUUGACGAUGAGAGGUACAGAGAGACGCUGGGCAGCCCCACGUCCACCCAGCCCUCCAUGUGCCUGCUGUCCCCGCCUCAGGAGCACUCAGGCCGUGAAACUCCUGUCAGCGUGGACUCCAUCCCUCUGGAGUGGGACCACACUGGGGAUGUGGGCGGCUCUUCUUCACAUGGUGAGGAUGAAGAUGCUGCCUUCUUCUCUGCCUUGUCAGGACAGAACUGGCACUUUCAAAACAUGUCUGAAAGGAAAUCCCUUCACCUGGAAACAUCCUCACCUGCACAUACCAGCACUCCCUAUAAGCAGGGUUAUGUCCAGCUGAUGUCAGAGUGCAGUGGCAGUAUUAAGAGUGUGAAGAGAGUUUCUAUGAUCCUGGAUGAUGAGGAACAAGGCAUCACUGGCCUCACGACUGCAGACAAACAGACAGGAGUGAUAGAGCGCUGGGAGCUGCUACAAGCACAAGCUGUGAGCAAAGAACAGUGCAGCACUAGAGACCCUCAGCAGCUGACAUCUGACCUGAACAACAUCACUUCCUGGCUGGAGUGUGUCACCCCUGAGUUAGAUCGACUACAGAAACCUGAGAUAUCUGCCAGUGUCGAGAUCUUAGAAGCUAGAGUCAAACAGCUUAAAGAAACGCAGAAGGCAUUUGCUCGCUAUAAGACCUUGAUGCUUUCUCUGAACUUGGGUGGGCGAGAGUUGCAGGAGGAGGCUGGUCUUGGAGCUCAGGAGCUUCAGGAGGAUCUGCGCAGCAUGAAUCGGCGAUGGACAGAAGCUUGUGCAGGCCUAGAGGGAUGGGAGGGGAGUUUACGCAAUACCCUAGAACGUUGUCAGGAGUUCCAUGAGAUGGUGCACUCUCUACUGCUAUGGCUGGCCCAUGCAGAGAGCAGACGCUACAUGGUGAACAUGCACGACCCUUCUGUGCAGCUAUCCAUGCUGCAGGAACACAGGAACACAUUGAAGGUUCUGGCUGAGGAGUUGCAGGGAAGACAAAAGCAGGUGGGCUCCCUGCAGGAGAUUGCCUCUAAACUGCUCCCAGAGGCUGCGGGAGAGGACAGUGCUGAAGCCAGGGAAAAACUCCAUGUCAUUGGAAGCAAACUACGUCUUCUGUCACGUCAGGUCAAUCAGGAUCUCCACACUAUUCAGGAGCGUUUGGAGGCUACAACAGAUGCAACAGGAGACAUGAAAUCCUCAUGCUCCAGAUCAGAGAAGCGUGACCCAUCACAUCAGCGCUCUUUCUUCUAUCGGGUACUGCGGGCUGCUUUCCCCCUCCAUCUCCUCUUCCUCCUGCUGCUGGUGCUGGCCUGCAUGGUCCCUCUUUCCGAAGACGGCUACAGCUGCACCCUUUCCAACAAUUUUGCCCGCUCUUUCCACCCGAUGUUGCGCUACACCAACGGUCCUCCCCCCACAUGAACCCCC